CAAAAGUAUAAAACUGGUCGACUUUCUCGCGAGACCUUCAGUUUCUCAGUCGCUCGAGCGGAUCCAACUAGACCGGUUCCUCUAUCACAGUUGUACUUACACCGUUAAAAAAAGCCCUAAACUCAGUGAAAAUGGCCCCGAUUUUGUACUACAGCGACGCGAGUCCUGCCGCAAGGGGCACCCUGUUGGCCAUCAAGGCGUUGGGCGUCGACGUCGAAUUGUCGCCCGUAAAUUUGGCCGCCGGCGAGCACAUGACGCCCGAAUACUUAAAAAUGAAUCCCUUCCACACCGUCCCGACGCUCAAAGACGGCGAUUUCAUCGUAUGGGACAGCCACGCUGUUAAUAUUUAUUUGUUGGAGAAAUACGCCCCCAACAGCGAUCUCUACCCUUCGGAUCCCCAACAGAAGGCCACAGUCAAUCAACGAUUAUUCUUCAACGUCGGCGUAAUUUUCCCCAAAUUGCAGGCGAUCGUCGUUUCGCUUCUCAGAGAAGGAGCUAAAAGCGUGAGCAAGGACAAGGCCGAUCAAGUUACCCAAGCCUACAACCUCCUGGAGACCUUGCUGGAGAAGAGCCCCUACGUGGCCGGUUCCAGUCUGACCUUGGCUGAUUUGAGCGUGAUCGCCAACGUGAGCUCGUUGAACGUGUUGGUACCGGUUGCCGAAAACCGGUACCCGAAAAUCAGCGAAUGGAUGGCCAAAAUGAAGACGUUGCCGUACUAUCAGGAGGCGAAUCAAGUCGGCUUGGGGCACUUCGAAGGGAUGGUGAAGAGCAAAAUGGCUUGAGGAAGCCUUUGUCAUUUGUCAUUUGAGAGAUGUUUUUGCUAUACUUAAUUAAGAAUAAGUGCGAGGCGCUGUUCGAACCAUAUUGUUAAAACUUCAGUAUUGACAGGAUUCAUUAAUGCUUUUCAUUAUUUAUGUAUUAGAAUUUUAAUCAGUGUCAGUCGUUUGUUAUUUUGAAAUAAAAUUUUUGGUAAAUAAUAAAAAUCGUUGUAAUUUAGUUUAAUUCGAUCACAGUAGGCUGUGCGUUGUGGGU